AUGGCAAUAAAAAGACCUCAAAGUGCUCCUCGAAGAAGAGAAUGCAUCCUAAAAGACGAUUCCUUAGACUUAAUUCCAGAAUCUGACCACUACACCCGACAAUGCAUUUGUUUUAUGUGUACCUGUGGCAAGCACAGCUGCCCAGCAAUAAAAAAGACACUUUAUCCUAAAACGUCAUUUUCUUCUCAAUACCAACUUACCUUCAAAAAGCCAUCCAGCCGCAGCCCUCCCCAACGAGUCCGAUCUUCCUACUCUCCAAGUCCUUUUAAAAUGGAGUUAAUAACUACACAAAAGCAAGACUACAAAGCCCCUGACCUAAAACCAUUUUCCAAGCCAGUAACAGUCUCCUCAUCUUUUUCCAAUUUAAAGUUCUCAGGCCGAACAAAAUACCAAUGUGAUUUUCCCAAUUGAGGACCAAUUGAUAUAAAGCACGAAAAAGACCCUCAACUUACACAUGAGACAAAAAUGAAAUUUACAGGGAAAAGUUCUUAUUCAUUGUUUUAUGAAAGAAAAAGCUCUUCUCCUGAGAUAAAGCAUAAAGUGUCAUCAUCGCCGUCUCUUUCUCAUAUAAAAACAUAUGAAUCUGGAUAUGAGUCGUCAAAUAAAAGAGACUUCAGGCCAGUUCAGAUAAGAUAUAACACUCCUGAUUUGAAAAAGCAUAGCCAGUAUAUACCAACAAGUUACUCUCCAUAUCAGUUUAUAAGUAUGUCUAAAAAGACAUUUACAGGGUCUAAUUCGCCUUUUAAAGAUCCUCAUAUGAUAAGGAAAAGAGCGCUUGCUGAUUAA